AUGGCAAAUGAUGGGAUCAAUCUCGAGAGAGAUAUCCAACGUAUUGUGGAAUUGAUUGAUCAUCUACAAUCGACUGGAGAAGUGGCCACACCGAAAUUGGAACAUUUGAAAAAGGUCCUUCGUUCGGAAUUCUUCUCAGCCGUUCGAGAGGUCUAUCAACAUCUCCAUGAUACCAUUGAUAUUGAGGGACCGCCAGAGGUGAAAGCCUCCGCUACCGCAAAAGCGACCGUUGCCGCAUUUGCCGCUGCACAGGGCCAUUCGCACCCUCGUAUCGUGGAACUCCCAAAAACCGAUGCCGGCCUGGGAUUUAAUGUGAUGGGUGGAAAGGAGCAAAAUUCACCCAUUUAUAUUUCAAGAAUAAUCCCCGGUGGAGUGGCGGAGAGACAAGGAGGGCUGAAGAGGGGAGAUCAAUUGAUUGCUGUCAAUGGGGUGAACGUCGAGACGGAAUGCCACGAAAAAGCGGUGGAUCUACUGAAAUCGGCGGCUGGGACUGUGCGGCUUGUCGUUCGAUAUACGCCCCGAUUGCUGGAGGAAAUGGAGAAGAGAUUUGAUCGUCAAAGAAGACGAGCCGCCCAACCAUCACCCCCACCUCGA